UUUAUAAUUUUCUUUUAACAAAUAAAAGAUCUUACCUAUUUUGUUGCAAUUAAAAAAAUAAUAAUGGCUGAUUGUGAAAAUAGUAAAGUGGCAGAAACGAAUGAAGCGUCACAGUCUGACGAAAGUGGCAGUGAAAAUGCAAAUGAAACCCCACAACAAUCAGAUUUGGUGGCUAAUUGUGAAAAGGCCUCUACUCGACCAAAUGUAAUACCGGGUGAACAACUUGCUUCUAUUGAGGAUGUAGUAAAUAGUGAUCCUGAAUGUUAUGAGUUGGAUUUGAAUCAUCAUCGUAUUGAUAAACUGGAAAACUUGGAGCCGCUUACUCAGCUGGAACGGCUUUUUUUGCGUUGGAAUCUAAUAAAGAAAAUUGAGAAUCUUCAUACAUUGACUACACUUGUUGAGCUGGAGUUGUAUGACAAUCAAAUAACGAAAUUAGAAAAUUUGGAUGCUUUAGUUAAUUUGGAAAUACUCGAUAUCAGCUUUAAUCGUUUGACUAAAAUUGAAAAUCUGGAAAAUUUAAAAAAGGUGGAAAAAUUGUAUUUGGUUGGCAACAAAAUUACUCAUAUUGAAAAUAUUGGCAUGUUAACUAAUCUCACUAUGCUGGAGUUGGGCGAUAACAAAAUCAAAAUUAUCGAAAAUCUGGAUUCCUUGGUCAAUUUGCGUCAAUUGUUUUUGGGCAAAAAUAAAAUCUCAAAAAUUCAAAACCUCGACAAACUGGUCAAUUUAGAAAUACUCAGUUUGCAGGCAAAUCGCAUAGUGAAAAUUGAAAAUUUGGAUAAAUUAACCAAUUUAACCGAACUAUAUUUAUCUGAAAAUGGCAUAGAAAUUAUAGAGAAUUUGAACAAUAACAAACAAUUGGACACUUUGGAUUUGGCUAAAAAUCGCUUAAAAACUAUUGACAAUAUAGAAGAACUUGGUCAGUUGGAAGAAUUAUGGUUGAAUGAUAAUGCCAUUGAUAAUUGGAAAACCAUUGAGGGCAUUAAGAAUAACAAGUCCUUAAAAACGAUUUAUUUGGAAUAUAAUCCCCUUGCUAAGGAUGCCAUGUAUCGUCGUAAAUUGAAAGAUAUCGCACCAUGGUUGGAAAAAAUUGAUGCUACUCUGUGCCGAUAAGUUUAAAGUAAAACAAAAAGUUGUUUAUAAAACUUUUAAAUUUAGUUUCAUAUUUUUUUUUUUAAUAUUUCACCACCUUAUUUAUCUAUACAUAAUUUGUAAUAGUGCUUGAAGCACUUAGAUUGUAAACAUUUAUUUUGUCUAAAAUUAAAUUUAGAUUUUUAAUUGAAAAAAGUAAUAAAAUUGGUAUUUAAAAAAAUGUAUGUAUUGUUUGAU